GGGCGGGGGAGGGAAGACGGUGGCUAAGGAGGAAAGGAAGCGUGGGGGACGUGUGGUUCCCCAAAGAAGUGUUAAGAAUUUUGCAAUAGGCCUUAGCAAAGAGGCCUGGGUAAAAGGAGGAGGAGCCAGGAGGCGUGGGGAACGGACCCCGAAGCUCCGGGAACGCAUCUUCCAGCGAGUAGGCGGGGCCUUAAAAGUGACGCCGCGCCCCACCAGGAGAGGUUUGCAUAUUUAUAAAGAACCACCGAGAUUUCUUGGAGGACUUGGGAGACUAGAGGGGUCAGAACGCCUCGUUCCUAGCACGUUUCCGUUUCCGCUAGGAUAUUGGCGGUUGGUGAGCAUCAUGACAACCGUGCUCUGGGGGACAAGGCGGACUUCUUCCUUCAGCAAAUAAUUUCCAUGCACCAAGUGUGUGCCCGGCCCUGGGAGCAGGGCUAUGAACAAGACAGACGCAGUCUCUGGCCGCUUGAGCUUGACUGUGUAAUGGGAUCAACCCACCAGCCUUCAUGGGCGACAACUCCUGCCUUCAGGGAGGAGAGGAAAGAACUGUUGCGUGUGGGGUGGGCAGGGGGACAGAGGAGGGGUUGCUGAAAGCUGGGACCGCAAAAGCUCGACUGACGCCUCUUCCUCUGACACCAGACAGCCACAACCAAGGUCCCGGAAAUCCGCGAUGUGACGAGGAUCGAGCGUAUCGGCGCUCACUCCCACAUCCGGGGGCUGGGGCUCGACGAUGCCUUGGAGCCACGGCAGGCUUCCCAGGGCAUGGUGGGCCAGCUGGCGGCCCGGCGAGCAGCCGGCGUGGUGCUGGAGAUGAUCCGCGAAGGGAAGAUCGCCGGCCGGGCGGUCCUCAUUGCUGGCCAGCCAGGCACCGGGAAGACGGCCAUCGCCAUGGGCAUGGCACAGGCCCUGGGCCCUGACACCCCGUUCACGGCCAUCGCCGGCAGUGAGAUCUUCUCCCUGGAGAUGAGCAAGACGGAGGCGCUGACCCAGGCCUUCCGGCGCUCCAUUGGCGUGCGCAUCAAGGAGGAGACGGAGAUCAUCGAAGGGGAGGUGGUGGAGAUCCAGAUCGAUCGGCCGGCAACCGGGACGGGCUCCAAGGUGGGCAAGCUGACCCUCAAGACCACAGAGAUGGAGACCAUAUAUGACCUGGGUACCAAGAUGAUCGAGUCCCUGACCAAGGACAAGGUCCAGGCUGGGGACGUGAUCACCAUUGACAAAGCCACGGGCAAGAUCUCCAAGCUGGGACGCUCCUUCACCCGUGCUCGCGACUAUGAUGCCAUGGGCUCCCAGACCAAGUUCGUGCAGUGCCCGGAUGGGGAGCUCCAGAAACGCAAGGAAGUCGUGCACACCGUGUCCCUGCACGAGAUCGAUGUCAUCAACUCCCGCACCCAGGGCUUCCUGGCCCUCUUCUCAGGUGACACGGGGGAGAUCAAGUCAGAAGUCCGAGAGCAGAUCAACGCCAAGGUGGCUGAGUGGCGGGAGGAGGGCAAGGCGGAGAUCAUCCCUGGCGUGCUGUUUAUCGACGAGGUCCACAUGCUGGACAUCGAGAGCUUCUCCUUCCUCAACCGGGCCCUGGAGAGUGACAUGGCACCUGUCCUCAUCAUGGCCACCAACCGCGGCAUCACCCGGAUCCGGGGCACCAGCUACCAGAGCCCCCAUGGCAUCCCCAUCGAUCUGCUGGACCGACUGCUCAUCGUCUCCACCUCCCCCUACAGCGAGAAAGACACAAAGCAGAUCCUCCGCAUCCGGUGCGAGGAGGAGGAUGUGGAGAUGAGCGAAGACGCCUACACGGUGCUGACCCGCAUCGGGCUGGAGACCUCCCUGCGCUACGCCAUCCAGCUCAUUACAGCCGCCAGCCUGGUGUGCCGCAAGCGCAAGGGCACGGAGGUCCAGGUGGACGACAUCAAGCGGGUCUACUCGCUCUUUCUGGACGAGUCACGAUCCACGCAGUACAUGAAGGAGUACCAGGAUGCCUUCCUCUUCAACGAGCUCAAAGGCGAGACCAUGGACACCUCCUGAGCCCACGUCACCCUCUCCCCCACCUCCCCUGUUUUCUACCAGAGUUCUGACACCGUGACUUUGUAUAAAAUGGUUCCGAAACUGGG